UCGUGUCAUGGCCUCAUGGAAGAUGACUUUCGUUUUUGUAUUUCUGUAUGCUUUCUUGCAGAUAGCUCUACAGUCUACCCCAACAGGCUCGCCUGGGGAUUUGUAUUUUUUGUUGUUGUACACUGUACUACACCCUCGCAGCUGUGGUCUGCUGCUAAGCAGAGACGGGCAGUAAGCAGCGAGAACUCAGUUGCGUCAUUCGAUUUCGAGCGACAAGAAGUGUUUUUAUUCUGUUCAAAAAAGUUCAGCAGUUGGACUGUAUUUGCCAGCAAUUAUGCCACCAGUCACUCUGGUCAUAAAAACUCCUAGCCUAAAGCUAUCAGAUGUGGUUUACAGCGGUGAAUCAACGAGUAGUGUCAAUCAGCUGAAGAUCUAUCUGCAAAACCAAUAUCCAUCAAAGCCAAAACCAGAAGAGCAAAGGUUGAUUUAUCAAGGUAAACUUCUGCGAGACAAUGAGAUCUUCCAGGACUUCCUGAGAGAUCUUGACCAUGAACAGACACAUACACUACAUUUAGUGUACACAUUAAAACGAACUCCAUCAGCUGAAAACCGUGAACAAGUUGACACAACAAAUGCUGGCAUUUCUAAUGUCGUUGAAGACGGAUUAAGACAUCGCAAUACAGCUAGUGUUGCAGCGCCCUCAACGACCCCAGCAGGGAUGCAACAGCCACAACAAGAAUGGGAUUUAACUAACGGACAAUUCCCUGUAUGGGCCAAUCAAAAUCCAGGAGCUGACCCAGUCACACAGCAACUUCUAUGGUGGCAACAAACGUACGCUCAACAAUAUUGGGCGCAGUACAUGCAUCACAUCAGCAAUGGCCAACAAUAUUUGAGUCCUACUGCUCCUGCCGUUUCUACGCCGGUCGUUUCACCACCUCCUCCUCCCGCAGCCCCUGCUGAAAUCAACCGACCACAGCAAGAGCAGGUACAGAGACGUCCUCCACUGCCCCAAGUUGGCGGUGUUGCCCAAGAGGAUGAUGACGAUGGUGCCAGACAAGCUCGUGAUUGGCUUGAUUGGGUUUAUAUCACUUCGCGGAUGGCUAUACUGCUUGGAGUUAUGUAUUACUACUCUUCAUUGCCUCGCUUCAUGUUAGUUACCCUUAUCGUCGCGGGUAUUUAUUUCUACCAAAAAGCUCUCCAUCAAAGACGAAACGCUGUCGACCGCAAUAGAGAAAUCAUCGCCAAUGCGGCUGCUGCUGCUGAGGUGGCGGCUAAUAGAGAAGUCAUUGAGAACGCUGAGCAAGUGGCUGGUCUUGAUGGAGCUGAAGCAAUACCAAACAAUCCUUUGGGUGCUGAAGUUGAUCCCCGACAGACUAAUACGGCGACGGACAGAGUUCAACCAGCACCUGCCACUGUCAGCGGCUUCAACGUGGCCCUAAACCUGUUGGUCGGUUUUUUCACAUCGCUGAUACCCGAAGUUCCUGCUCCAGAAGCUCUUAAUUAAUUAGUAUAACUAACCGUUACUACCGCACCUUGAAAAAGGAAAGAUGUUAAGUACUAAAAACGCAAUUCAGUGUGAAGAGUUGAAAAGUAACUAUUAAAGUCUUUUGAGGUUGUUAUUGGCAUUAGAUAAGGAGCUUAGCAUUUGCCUGUAUGGGAUGUAAAUCUAUGGAAAAUGGCAGUAAGGUGUUCUUGCAUAUUUCAAGACUCUUCACGCGUCCUUUACUUUCCCAUCGACACUGAUAGGUUACGCAGACCACAAUUUUUGAUUGUAAACAUAAAAGCCCUUAUUUCCUUCAUUCGAUAUGUUUUGUUUGGUGUGUCUUUCCUGCCGAUUGGCAUAUAUUAGCAAUUCAACGCUUUAACCCUUUUGAGUUACUGAUGUACAUAAUUUGUUUAGGACCAUGUACGUGAAUAAACGUUAAGUCAAGACCGA